AUGGGCACGAGCGCGUCCAAGCAGCUCUACGACGCGGCCGCGUCCAACGACGUCGCCAAGCUGCGCACGCUCGUCAAGGAGGGCGUCGACCUCCACCAGAGCGCUGGCACGGACGGGAUCUGUAUCCUCCACGUUGCGGCCGAGAAGGGCCACAAAAAAGUCAUCACAUAUCUCCUCGACAAGGGCAUGGCGAUCGACCGCAAGACCAGCAACGGGCGCACGGCCCUCGUCGUCGCGGCCAAGAAAGGGCAUCUUGAGGUUGUGCAAUACCUAGCCGGGCGAGAGGCCAACCUCGAAGCCUGCCGAAAAGAUCUUCGCACGCCCUUGUACAUGGCCGCGAAGAAGGGUCAUGUUGAAGUCGCGCAGUUUCUCAUGGACAGCCAAGCCAAUAUGGAAGCUGCGAGUAUCGAUGGCACGACGCCGCUGAUCGCAGCCGCCGCAAAAGGCCAUGUGGCCAUGGUCAACGUCCUCCUCGAGCACGGCGCACAGAUCGAAAGCACACGCAAGGAUGCGUGUACGGCGCUGUAUGUAGCGGCGCAGCGAGGCCACCUGCGCAUCGUCAAGGCGCUCGUCGACCACCACGCGAACCUCGAGGCGCGCGACAACCUGGGCAUCACGCCGCUGGCCGUCGCCGCCAUUGAAGGCCACCUCGAGGUCGUCAAGUACCUCUUGUCGCACUCGCCCGCGUUCGUCUCGAGCAACCAGGACGGAUCGACGCAGAUUGUGAACGCCGCCGCGUUGACGUACUCGGACGUGGCCGACGCGAUCGCAGAGCUCGAGCACCCAGACCGCUUCAGCGUCCAGAGCGUCAAGAAGGUCUUCAGCUUCUGA